UAUCAAACGGUGGCUUUUUUCAUCUCCUGAUCUUUCAAGAAAACGACACACGCACUCUCUCUCACACACACACUGCAAAUCAAUUCGUUGCAGCUACUCUAUUGUACCAUGUGAAUGUGUGAGAGAAAGAUUGGUUCUGCCAUGUGAGAUGAUUUAAAGCUUCAACUCAUGGACCCAAUAACACAUCUCUCUUCAUUUACAUCUCACUUAUUAUGAUCUGAGGUUCUGGUUUUUGCCCCAAUACUCAAAAGGGUUUCGCUUCUUCUUCUUCCUCCUCCUCUUCUUGUUCUUGAUUUACAGCACCACCGCUUUCCGGCUUUUUACGGCGGCAGGAUGAAGCUCCACAACUCCCGUCGACGCUUCCGGUCACUUUGUGGCCUGUUAGUGAUUCUUUUGCCUGCCUUGUUCGCUUCUCUUUUCGCUCAAUUUGGUUACGCUUCGCCUUCGGUUCUUUCGGAUUCAAGUGUUCCAAAGUUGAGGCACUCACGUUUACUCAAGAGUGCAUUACAACACCAAACUUUGAAUGAACAACAAUCGGAUCUUUGGACCCCUUUAGCUAACCAAGGAUGGAAACCUUGUAUCAAUUCUACUUCCUCUUCUUCAUCGAUACCGGAAUCUUCCGGAUACAUCCAAGUAUUCCUUGAUGGUGGAUUAAACCAACAAAGGAUGGGGAUUUGUGAUGCAGUUGCUGUGGCCAAAAUACUCAAUGCCACUCUUGUAAUCCCAUAUCUUGAAGUGAAUCCCGUUUGGAAAGACACAAGUUCUUUCGAGGAUAUUUUUGAUGUGGAUCACUUUAUGAAUGUAUUAAAGAAUGAUAUAUCAAUAGUUAGGGAAUUGCCUGAUGAAUACACAUGGAGCACAAGGGAAUAUUACGCUUCUGCCAUUAGAUCCACACGAGUUAAAAACGCACCCCUUCAUGCUUCUGCAAAUUGGUAUCUUGAAAACGUAUCUCCAGUGUUAGAAAGCUAUGGAAUUGCUGCAAUUUCCCCGUUUUCCCAUCGGCUAGCUUUCAACAACAUGUCCAUUGACAUCCAACGGUUGAGAUGCAAAGUCAACUUUCAAGCAUUGACUUUUGUUCCUCACGUUAGAAAUCUUGGAGAUACGCUAGUUAAUCGACUUCGGUACCCUAACCACCUUCAACAAGUAGACACAAAGGGCAAAAAAGGAAUAGGAAAGUUCGUUGCUUUACACCUUCGGUUUGACAAGGAUAUGGCGGCCCACUCUGCGUGUGACUUUGGCGGAGGAAAGGCGGAGAAGGUGGCUCUGGCUAGAUACCGGAAGGCGAUUUGGCAAGGACGUGUGUUGAAUUCUCGAUUUACAGAUGAGGAAUUGAGGAAUCAAGGUCGUUGCCCUUUGACACCUGAAGAAAUUGGUUUGUUGUUGGUGGCUUUAGGGUUCGAUAACAAUACGCGCUUAUACCUAGCUUCCCACAAGGUAUAUGGCGGUGAAGGGCGGAUCUCCGCCUUACGGAAGCUAUUUCCACAAAUCGAAGACAAAAAGAGCCUCGCCACGUCAGCAGAAAGGGCGCAAAUUACAGGGAAAGCUUCUUUAUCGGCUGCGGUUGAUUACUAUGUCAGCAUGCAUAGUGACAUUUUUGUUUCGGCUUCUCCUGGAAAUAUGCACAAUGCAAUGGUGGGACAUCGGGCAUACCUGAAUUUGAAGACGAUAAGGCCAAAUAUGGCGUUAUUGGGGCAGAUUUUUAUGAAUAAGAGCAUGAGUUGGGUGGAUUUUCAGGAAGCGGUGGUGGAAGGACAAAAAAACCGGUUAGGGGAGAUUAAGUUUGUAAUGACUGAAAUAAGUUGGUGGUUGUUGUUUGAUGUGAUUGUGAAGUAUGUUGUAGUUGUAGAAAGUAGUGUCUAA